AUGGAUAGAAAAAGGCCAUCGUCUUCCAAAUCAUCGAAAAAGCAACAUUCUUCCAAACAAAAUGCUGAAGAAACGACGAGAAAAACAAGGAGCAUGUCUGGAAAAAAUUAUAAAAGAUUAAUUUACAACGAAGAUAGUUCUUCAGACGAAAUGGUGAACGCAGAUUGGUCACGAUUCGAAAACGAUCAUUGUCCUUCCACUAGCAAGGCUGGAAAUUCCAAUGAAAAAAAUCAAGACGAUUCUUCUGACGAGAGCUUGGAAGAUAUUAGUUUUUCAGAUUCUGAUUCAACAGCUAGUGAGAAAAGAUUUAAGAAAGAAACCAAUUCUGCAACAUUUCCAAGCAGUUCGGAUCUUGCCGACUCUAGAAGUUCUUCGCCAUUUCUUUUUUGGGGUAAGAAUGCCAUCAAGCCAAAUGAACCAUUAAAGUGUUCUGAACGUGACCUUGUGCAUGAUGAUAUGGAAGAUGUGGAUGGUGCAACUGCACCAAGUACUUCAAAGGAUAUAGACAAAGAAAUCAGAAGUAAAGACUGGGAAAAGUGGAGGAUUAAAGCAGCUCAACAAAAGCUAGUGGAGAGAAUAAAAAAGUUGAAAAGAUCCAAAAGAAACGCUGUUAAAAAGCCUCGAGAUGAAGAUUCGAAUGAAAAUCUCCUGGAUGCGAAGUCACCACCUGUGACUGCUGAACAUGAAGGAAUUCCAAAAAGAAAGUGA